UAGUGCGCACGCGCAGGCCGCGCCAGGCCGUUAGAAGGCGCGGCCCAGAGGGGCGGCGGGCGGGAGUCAGCCAGCCUGGGUUGUGGGCUGACGCGACAAUAGACCUCUGCGAUCCUAGAGCCCCCCGCGGCCCCCGACUCCAUUCUCCAAGCUGUGGGCUGUUCCCGGCCCUCUCAGUUCCGCGACAGACGUUGCAGCCAAUGGCGUCCCGCACGGUAAACCUGCUACCCAAUCAAAAGGCGCGGCUGCGAGGGAACGGCGUGGAACCACGCCCGGCUCCAGCCCUCCUCCAUGUCCCCGGACCUGCAGGGAGACAGCUCCUUACAGGUGGAGAUCUCUGAUGCCGUCAGCGAGCGGGACAAGGUGAAAUUCACUGUUCAAACCAAGAGCUGCGUCCCUCACCUCGCCCGGACCGAGUUCUCAGUCGUGCGACAUCAUGAGGAGUUCAUCUGGCUACACAACGCCUACGUGGAAAACGAGGAGUACGCCGGUCUCAUUAUCCCCCCAGCCCCUCCAAGGCCAGACUUUGAGGCUUCAAGGGAAAAACUGCAGAAGUUGGGUGAGGGAGACAGCUCUAUCACGCGGGAAGAGUUUGCCAAAAUGAAGGAGGAGCUGGAAGCGGAGUAUCUGGCCAUCUUUAAGAAGACAGUUGCGAUGCAUGAAGUCUUUCUGCAGCGCCUGGCGGCCCACCCCACCCUGCGUCGAGACCACAACUUCUUUGUCUUUUUGGAAUAUGGCCAGGAUCUGAGUGUCCGAGGAAAGAACAGGAAGGAGCUCCUUGGGGGGUUUCUGAGGAAUAUUGUGAAGUCUGCAGAUGAAGCCCUCAUCACUGGCAUGUCAGGGCUCAAGGAGGUGGAUGACUUCUUCGAGCAUGAGAGGACCUUCCUGCUGGAGUACCACACCCGCAUCCGGGACGCCUGCCUUCGGGCAGACAGAGUCAUGCACUCUCACAAGUGCCUGGCAGAUGAUUAUAUCCCUAUCUCAGCUGCACUGAGCAGUCUGGGAACACAAGAAGUCAACCAGCUAAAGACGAGCUUCCUCAAAUUGGCAGAGCUCUUUGAACGACUAAGGAAACUGGAGGGCCGAGUGGCUUCUGACGAGGACCUGAAGCUGUCGGACAUGCUGAGGUACUACUUGCGCGACUCACAGGCAGCCAAGGUGAGAGGUGGCCCCAGAGCAGACCUCAGGGCUGGAGCCACCAGGGAGGGCGGGCAGGUAGGCAAGGGCCUGGGCCAGGGAUCCUGUGCCCCUGCCGGCCCCAGGACCUGCUGUACCGGCGGCUGCGGGCGCUGGCAGACUAUGAGAACGCCAACAAGGCACUGGACAAGGCGCGCACCAGGAACCGGGAGGUGCGGACCGCCGAGAGCCACCAGCAGCUGUGCUGCCAGCGCUUUGAACGCCUCUCCGACUCAGCCAAGCAGGAGCUCAUGGACUUCAGAUCCCGCCGCGUCUCCUCCUUCCGCAAGAACCUCAUUGAGCUGGCGGAGCUGGAGCUCAAACACGCUAAGGCCAGCACCCUGCUUCUCCGGAACACCCUUGUCAUCCUCAAAGGGGAACCUUAGAGCCACCAGAGUGCCCCCCGACCUCCCACCCCAGCAAGAUGCCUCCUUCCCCACCCCAGGAGCCACUCACCAUGCCCCGUGACUUCUCGGGGCAAGGCCUACCCCUACCCCAAGGUGCCAGGCCCUGCAAGAUAGGGCAGCAUGGGCACCACACUUGGCCACAGGUAAGCAGAGCCCUAACCUGGGGAAACCCAGGGGCCCUGACCUCCCUCCCCAGAGGCUAUGGGGCAGCCUCAACCCACCUCUGGCCCCUGAGUUCAUUUGUCUCCAGCUUGUUCACAAAUAAAAAGCCUGGUUCU